AUGAUUCCCCAAAUCAGCUGUGAUUUUUUCUUCUUAUCCACUGUCAAGGACUUGUGGGAGACGGUUCACACCAAGUUCUCAGAGAAAAAUAAUGAAGCUCACAUAUAUGAACUUGAGACAAAGUCAAUGUCAAUGAUGCAAGGGAGUAAGACAAUGAUGGAAUAUGCAGGAGAAUUAAAGAAUCUAUGGGUGGAACUUGACUAUUAUCUUAGUCUUGACACCGAAAAACGUGCUGAAAUUACUGCAAUACGAAAUUUCAUAGACAGAAGGAGAGUGUUUAAAUUCUUGGCUGGUCUUAAUUUUAUGUUUGAUCAGGUCAGUCAAUAUAUAUUGAAUCGUGAGAAGAAAGUUGAGUUAGAUGAAGCUAUUUCGAUCAUCUUAAAUGAGGAUAGUCGCAGGAAUUUGAUGAUGUCAGGUCCAGAAAUAGAUAAUUCUGCAUUUAUGAUUAAACAAGGUGACAAUAUGAAGAAGACUGUUGAUCCGUCCAAACCAUUUCAACAGAGUCAAAGAAGGAAUCAGAAAACUGACUCUAGAGACAAUUUAUGGUGUAUGUACUGCAGAAAGUCACGUCACACUUGA